UCGGGAAAUCUGCUGCUUCAUGCAUCUGUGUGGCCAAAAGGUUCCCACAGUAAGCAAAGCACGAUUCAGUGUUUUCACAAGGUUCAUGUUUCACUGGGCUACCAUCUGUCAUCAGGUUUCUAUGCACGUAAACAUUAUUUGCUCCAAACUGCUAAAAAACCCAGCGACAGUUCAGGGAUAUUCAACACUGUAUAAACUUUACUUCGCGGCUUUUUUUUCUAAACCAAAACGAGAACACUUUUUGUGGCCGAGUCGAGACAUGUGUCCAGAUGGAAAAACAAUCGCACCUGUCAAAAGCGGUCUGUUUUGAUUCAGCAGUCCAAGGCGUCAAAAGUUUAGAGGCGCAAUCUUGAAGAGCAUUCUUGAAUUACGCAGCUCAACACAUGUUUGCGAACAAAGUUAUCGUUGUUCGAAAAGGCGCUGACUGGAUAGUCAAUGAAAAACCCUGCGAACGUGGAAAUCUAACUUGUUUGGUAGCCAAAUCUGGUCAAAUCUGAUCUUCAAAGCUCUUUGUUUACAAUACCAACGCAGUUGUGGGUCGGAGUUUUUAUUCCAUGUUUACGAGGACACUACGUCGCUUCUCUACAAGCACUGCACGGUCUAUAGUUCAACAAAAGUGUUGAUUAGCAUUCAAGGGGGAAAUGUCUCGAUAUUACCGCACGGGAACUGAUCCAGGGCUUUCGCGACAAAGUUCGAAAUCCUACAAAGUAGUCAGACAAAAAUCAAACGCUGAACUCAACGAGAAACUCCGCCGCUUGGACAUCGAACAUCAUUCCACCAUUUCGAAAAUCCUGACUGAAAGAUAUACCUGGAGAACGAUUCAUUACAAUUUAACACAUCCUAGCGAAGAAUCGUCAUCUGAAAGCGAUGAAGAAAAUAGGUCAGAGGAAACCACCCUCUGUACUGUUGUCGGGGCCGAAGAGGAGCACCAAAAUGCAGAGAAAAAGGUACAAGCUGCACUUGUAGACAGCACUAAGAAACAGGGCUUUCUUCAGUUACCAAGUAUAAUCGAAGAAUCGACGGCUAUCUCAAAACAGAGGUGUUCGAAAUUUGGUCGGAGUCCUCUUCCACCAUUGUCGGAACACGGUUUUCCGACUCGUGUACGAAGAGCCAGCGAGAGCAACCAUGAAAAGGAAACGACGACACGACAGCGUCAACGAAGCUCGACCCUUCCGAUCGGACAUAUGCCAGGAGAUAGGCAGAGGAAGAGCGAAUUUAAGAAAGUUCCAAAACAUGAGAAGUUGACUAACAACGAUGGAAAACGAGUGGGUGACGAGAAGUCAGGCCAUAACCGAGCUUUGGACGAUAAUGAGCCGAAGAAACCGACGUUAUCCUGGGGAGAAGAGUUGCAUGGCUGUCGGUACUUGAGAAACAAGAGGCAUUCCUCGCCUGGCGUUCUUGACACUGAUGUAAUAUUUGACAGCUUAACAUCUGACAAAUGAGUGAAAAUCCCUCAAAAAUUGUGAAGACUAGCGGAAUAAAUGUUUACAAUGCUAUAACAAUAUUGCUAACACACUCCGGCUCGCGGCUAAAGGCUUCCAAGAGGAAUUCCAAAAGAAGGACGAAAGGAGUGUGGUAGGGGUGUCCUCCUGUGUAGACGUAGCCUGCGUGCAGCCUCACGUUAGAGCACAAGCGUGCCCGGCUUAGCCGCGAGCGUAAAAUCGAGUGGCGAAGCCGCGAGACGAGAAAGUGACUUUCUUGGCGCCUCUUCACCGCUUUGCUCUUGGCCGCUCGCGCGUGUGCCGCUCAAAGAUGAGCCUGCUCGUAGGCUAGUGUAGACGUAACAAGACGUCCUAUCAGCUCGUAAUGCAAUCUUUCCUAAGGAGCUCAAGGACAGGGAUUUUUUCCCCUCGGUUUAAGGCUUAUCUUACAAGAGAGCGCCAUAAAAAGGUUAUGGUUAAAAAGAAAGUUGCAAAUGACACCUGGCCAUUUCCGAGUUACCUUUUGCCUCUUUUUUAUAGCGAUUUCUCGUACAAAACUUUUCAUUCAGAAAAUGAGUGUGAUAGAAAGUGAACGUGCGUGUGUAAUUAAAACUAAUCUCUCAUGUGAAAAGUUUUACCCGAGCACUUGUUUUGACGCAAAGAGAAAAUCGGAAACCGCCUGUUAACUACUGAUCACUACUCGAAAGAGAUCAUGCAAAUAUAUAGCAUAGUUUGUCAUUUUCUCUAUAUACACCUCCGGUACAUUGCGUUCGUAAUAACUCGUAAGUUUCUUUUUGAGUAUCAGUGUACAAGAGACCAUAACACAGAUGCAUACUGGGAGUAACUAAUGACCUCAAAAAUACAAGCGUCUCUUAUCAAAUAGACACGGUCACAUGCAUGUAUACAUUAUGACCUUAUGACAAAAAGGAUUUUUGCAAGACGUACGAUACCCCUAUUGGAAAAGACCGCUAUACCUUCUAAAACAAUAGCUGGGGUCGCCAAAUUUAAUGUUUAAAAUAAAAGCGAGAUUCAAAAUAAAUCCAAUGAUGUGAAAUGGACUGGUAAAAUUGGCUCCCAUAUAUCAUAUUGCUUUCAGUAAGUAAAGAGUAAAGAGGAAGAAACCCGACACAAUUUCGUUCAGAAAGUAAACAGAUUUAAUGUUAUAGAUUUAUGACAUCUCUCCAAAAUGCGGGCACACUGAGGAAGAGAGAAGGAAUUUUUACUUAACGGCUAUUUUCGCUGAUCAAGAUGUCUUUGGGGCACAAAACAAAUUGUAGGUCAGUUGUAAGUGAAAGUGACUGGUCACUAAGUAAGUAAGAAAGUAACCUUUAUUUAAUUAAACACGAUAAGUAAUUAAGCUUGCAGCUUGUGGGGUCGUGUAUAAAUAAACAAUAAAGAAUUAACAAAAAAAAAAAUUUACAAUGUAAGGUGUAAUCUAGUUUACAUAAAAAUUUGUAGCUAAUAAUAAUUACCUAAUUAUUAAAAUUAUGUGACUAAUAAACGUAUACCAAUGGGCAGUCGA